GGACCAGGGCAACUGCGUAACAUUCUCGUGCAGGUCAUCAGACUCUGACUGCUUGUGGACAUUGUCUCGAUCCGGUUGCUUUCACCCAAUUCUUUUCAGGAUUCUCGGAAAACCAGUGUGACAAUGCGGAUUGUGAGGCGAAUAUAGAACGAAUGGCUUAAAAGACCUUAAGAGUUUCGUCUCUGUACCCCAUCUCAAGUUUUCCAACAAUGUCUUGGCUUCCUAUCGUCUCGCUGUUGUGUGCUACUGGCCGUGCUCUUGCACAAACAGUUUACCUAGCUGGGGAUUCUACCAUGGCCGAAAAUGGCGCCGGCUCGGGAACGGGAACAGAUGGUUGGGGACAAUAUCUUAGCCAAUUUGUCGCAGUCUCUGUGGUCAACAAAGCAGUAGGUGGCCAAAGCGCCCGAUCGUAUAGUGAACAAGGCCUUUUCGAUUCUCUUGUUGACGAAGUGGAGUCUGGAGACUAUGUUAUUAUUGAGUUCGGCCAUAACGAUGCGUCAGCUGGAUCCGUUGACAAUGGAAAACAGGACGCUAUCGGCGAUGGCUACAACAUCACAGCGACUGUCACGACGUCGAGUGGCGCCCAGAUUCUCAUCCACAGUUUUGCGUACUACAUCGAAAACGCUGUGGAUGCGAUCCAGGCCAAGGGGGGUAUUCCUAUCAUCUCCUCUUUGACCCCCGACAAUAUAUGGGACGGUGACUCUAUUGUCGCCGGUGGACGGUUUGUUACCUACGCCCAAAGCAUUGGCACACGGAAGGGCAUUCCUUAUGUUGAUCAUUAUGACUAUGUGGCCCAGGCGUACAACGCUCUUGGAGAAACUGAGGUCACGACGUACUACCCCAAUGACCACUUGCACACAAGUCCCAAGGGCGCGUUAGUUGUGGCGGAAGCGUUUGUAAGAGGUCUGCUUUGCGGCGAUAGUACAUUGGCCGAUAGUGUCAACUCCGCCGGAGAAGAUGUCCCGAAUGGUUGUCUCUAAAAAUACGUUUCUGUAUGACUUUGGUGUUGAAAUCCAUUCUCGUUCGUCUGUUUCUCGCUCACAAGACCAUUAAGGAUUGCUUGAAAGCAUGAUCUCCCAUGCAUUCGUUAACGGACCGCAACUUGUCGCCAGCUGAUCCGCUGAAGAUCACAAGCCUCACCUUUGAUCGGUUGUGCAUGUGUUCUCGGAAAAUUAUUCUUUUAUGUGUUGCUGUAUGGAAAACCCCGCUUGCCGUGCCAAGACAUAUCAGAAUCGCUUUAUAUGAGAGCCUGAAAGGGUUUCAUGUAGGCAAUCAAUCAUGUUUUUUCCUCCUUUGUUAUUGUUACCUAGCUUUGCCACGUACGUGCUGGGAGUUACCGUCUACAUGGCCGGCGAUUCUACCAUGGCCGAAGGUACACGUUUAUAGGCCGUCUCCGC